AUGUCUCUGAACCGGGUCCGCACAAUGGACACGGAGCAGUCUGCAGAGUACUCGGUGGAGUACUCGGCCCAGGUUUCCAGUGAUCCGGGCCGUGACGUGGGUCGGAGGCGUGAAGUGACCGUAGUGCAGUCCAGCUGCUGCCGCUGCCUGCCCCGCGCAGUGCGCCUCACCUUUACGCCCGAGUCGUUGGAAAGGCUCUAUCAGAACUACUUCCGUCGGCAGAGACAGGAGAACCUGCUAGUGCUGGUGAUGUUCGCCGCUCUCUUCAACAGCUUCGUCAUCAUCAUGUGUGCGGUGGUGUACACUGAGGACAAACUGGCGAUGGUGGUGGUGGCAGCUGUGGGGCUGGCUGCGGACGUUGCGCUCUACGUGUUGUGCUGGUUGCAGAAACUCCCCGCAUCACCUGUGUGGCGCGGAGCAGUGGCCUACAUACUGUGGCUGAUGGUCACCGUGCAUGUUUUGUGUUACAUGGGACUAAACUACGAGCGCUUCCCACAUGCUAGUGACUCGGUGGGCUGGCAGACUUUCUUCAUUUUCUCCUGCUUUCUAACUUUGCCACUGAACCUGGUGGCCCUGCUUCUCCUCUCUGUCCUCUCGUGCGGGAUUCACACUCUGGUUUUGGGGAUCACGGUGGCUCAGAAGUUUAAGGAUGGCGCGCAGGGGGCGAUGCUGGUCAGACAGUUGCUAGCCAACGUGAUGCUGUACCUGUGUGCCAUCAUAGUGGGUGUGAUGUCGUACUACAUGGCAGACAGGAAGUACAGGACAGCAUUUUUGGAAGCUCGUCAGUCACUGGAGGUGAAACUAACACUGGAGGAGCAAAGCACUCAGCAGGAGGAACUAUUACUGUCCAUCCUGCCCAAACACAUUGCUGAUGAGAUGCUGCAGGGCAUGAAGAACCAGGCAAAUCAGAACGAAGUCCGGCAGCAGCAGCAGUUCAACACCAUGUACAUGUACCGCCAUGAAAACGUUAGCAUCCUGUUUGCAGACAUUGUGGGCUUCACCCAGUUGUCCUCAGCCUGCAGCGCCCAGGAGCUUGUAAAGCUGCUCAAUGAACUGUUUGCUCGCUUUGAUAAACUGGCAGCAGAACAUCAUCAGCUGAGGAUUAAGAUUCUUGGAGACUGUUACUAUUGCAUCUGUGGUGUUCCUGACUUCAGGGAGGACCAUGCCGUAUGUUCUAUAAAGAUGGGCCUGACUAUGGUAAAAGCCAUCUCGUACGUUCGAGAAAAGACACAAACCGAGGUUGACAUGCGCGUGGGUGUCCACACCGGCACCGUGCUGGGAGGAGUACUCGGGCAGAAACGCUGGCAGUUUGAUGUUUGGUCCACAGAUGUCACUGUGGCCAAUAAAAUGGAAUCUGGAGGGAUUCCUGGGAGAGUGCAUAUUUCCCAGACCACAAAAGACAGUCUGCAUGGGGAAUUUGAACUGGAGCCGGGGAAUGGUGGAGAGAGGUGUGAGUACCUGCUGGAGAAAGGCAUUGACACUUACUUAGUUCUAGUUCCGAAGCAGAAAGCCAAUGGACUCAAUGGAAAUACACCUGGUACAUUGACCAAUAGAAAUUCCAAACAGUUGAUCAACACCACAGCAUCCAAUGGGAAUGCAGUCUCACAACAGUCCACACCUACUGAGUCUAAAAAGGAGAUGAGUAACACAGCCGAGGAUCAAACCAUCAACAGACGACUCCAGCAGGAGCUGCUGGAGAGAGAGACUCAAAAAAUAAUGAAGGAUCAUGAGAUCAACCCUGUUUCUCUCCGUUUUGUGGAUGGAAAGUUGGAGGACCACUACUCCUCGGAGAAGGAGAGGAGGAGCGGAGCGGCCUUCUCCUGCUGCAUGAUUGUACUCCUUUUCAUCACAGCAAUGGAGGUCUUCAUAGACCCAUUAAUGAAAGUUCUACAGUUUACACUACACUAUAUAAAAGAUGGCUACCUUUUUAACAUUUUCUUAUCACAGAUGUUCUCCAAGAGGUUGGUAUCUUUCUCAAUGUGGAUUGAUCGCACCCGAUGGGCGAGAAACACGUGGGCCAUGGCAAGCAUAUUUGUUCUAACCAUGGCUGUGAUCGCUGACAUGUUAAGUUGUGCACCUCCAUCCCUUCGGAUCUUCAACAGCACGUCUGGUCCGAUGUUGGAGUCGCUCGGUGACGGAGGCUGCGCAGAUAAUCCGAAGCACUACAGCUUCAUGGCUGUGAUGUCACUCAUUGCAACAACCAUGUUGGUGCAAGUGAGCCACCUGAUUAAACUAGGCCUCAUGGUGCUGGUUGUCACAGCAACUGGAGCCGUUAAUAUCUACAGCUGGCGGGACCUAUAUGAUCUGUAUGAUUACAUGCAGUUUGCCUCCUACAGAACAUUGAUAGUGCCAUCCAAGUACCUCAUGACAGUGAUGAUUAUUGUUAUGAUGAUUGGCUUUUACUUCUUUGCACGCCACCUGGAGCAACAGUCCAGGAAACUAUUUCUGUGGAAGAUUGGCGUGCACGAUCAGAAAGAGAGAGUCUUUGAAAUGAGACGCUGGAAUGAAGCGUUGGUCACCAACAUGCUGCCAGAGCAUGUGGCAAAACACUUUCUGGGCACUAAAAAAAGAGACGAGGAGCUGUACAGCCAGGGGUAUGAUGAAAUAGGGGUAAUGUUUGCAUCCAUCCCCAAUUUUUCUGAUUUCUACACUGAGGAGAGCAUCAAUAACGGGGGCAUUGAGUGUCUGAGGAUUCUCAAUGAGAUCAUCUCCGACUUUGACAGCUUAUUAGACCGGGACGAGUUCAGGUGCAUUACUAAGAUCAAGACGAUUGGAAGCACCUACAUGGCCGCGUCAGGCCUCACACCGGAAAGCAACACAAAUGGAUAUGGCAACCGCAAGCCAGAGGACCAGUUGCUGAUUGAGCGCUGGCAGCACCUCGCCGACCUGGCAGACUUUGCCUUGGCCAUGAAAGUCACCCUCAACAACCUCAACAAGCAGUCCUUCAACAACUUUAUGCUACGAAUCGGUCUAAAUAAAGGAGCAGUUCUGGCCGGAGUGAUCGGAGCUCGUAAACCUCACUAUGACAUCUGGGGCAACACGGUCAACGUGGCGAGCAGAAUGGAGUCAACUGGAGUGAUGGGAAACAUUCAGGUUGUAGAGGACUGCUAUGACAUCCUGAAGGAUUACGGCUUUCGUUUUAUCCGAAGAGGGCCCAUAUAUGUCAAAGGGAAAGGCGAGCUGCUUACCUUUUUCAUGAAGGGCAAAGACAAACCCAAUACCAAAGAUGGUGCAGUAACGACUACCCUUCCACACCAAGUUGGAGACCUUCACUGACUUUUUUUUUUUAAUCUCUUCAAAUGGCAUAAGCCCAAUAACAGGCCUGAGCAAGAUGUCAGUUUUGUCAGCCAUGAAUUUUACAGGAUCUUGUUUUUUGUGCGCUUCAUAGCCCAUGUGAAGAAUAUGACGGUAGGCUGACACAACAAAAACGC